AUGGUUGAUUCAAAGUCAGCUGCACUCAGCGCGGCCACCAGUCUAAAUCCAGAGGCAGCCUCUUUUACCAUGCCCGCCAACAAUGGAGAGACCACUCUCAAUGGUACCACCCAAAGUCUUCAGCCGGCGGCGAUGAAUGGGAAUGACCAGACGAAAGAUUCCAAAAAAUCCAAGGCGCGGCCCGAAAGUGCACCUCGAACUACCACAGAACAAAACGUGGCCGAAGCAGGAGCAGGAGCCAAAUUGACUGGCGCGCAGUUGAAAAAACAGAAGGCGGCUGAAAAGGCGGCAAGAAGAGCCGAAAAGGUUGCUGAAAAGGGAGCACAAGCCGUAGCCCAGGCACAAGGGCAGACCGCAGCGUCAGGAGCAAAAUCAGAAACGCAAAGACGACCAUCAACAACGAAGAGAGAAAGUGACACGGGUCCACAUCAUAAACGGACACCCUCAGGCAAGGCUUUACCUAUCCGCGGUGCGAUCCAACAACAGCAACAACCGCCUCAUGGCUCCACGGUGCCGGAGAAAGAGAAGCGCCAGGACCUCAAACGCGUGUCAAUGUUCUCUCACCUGUACCCAAAGGAAAAGAAAGCCACGUUGUCCGGAGCUGGUCGAGAAAUACAUCCCGCUGUGAUAUCGCUAGGAUUACAGCUCCGUGACUUUGUGAUCUGCGGCGGCAAUGCACGUUGUGUAGCGACUCUUCUUGCUUUCAAAAAGGUUAUCCAAACAUAUACCACUCCUGCAGGUGUGGCGCUCUCUCGACAUCUACUCACCCAUCUCAAUCACCAGAUUGCAUAUCUACGCAAUGCGCGUCCAUUGAGCAUGAGCCAGGGGAACAGCAUCCGAUGGCUGAAGAACUUGAUCUCCACGCAACCGGUUGAGGCUACCGAUAGCGAAGCUAAACAAAGUAUAUGUCGUGCCAUCGACUUGUUCAUCCGCGAGAGGAUCACGCUAGCCGAUGAGGUGAUUGCCCGAGAAGCCAGUUCGCGGAUUCAAGACGGAGACGUGAUUUUGACAUACGGGAAGAGCAGUAUCGUUGAGAAAACACUCCUCACUGCGCAUCAGCAGGGAAAGAAUUUCCAAAUCAUUGUCGUCGACUCGAGACCUAUGUUCGAAGGCAAAAACCAUGCCCAAAGCCUCAUACGUGCAGGUCUCCAGGUCCACUAUACUCUCCUAUCUGGUCUAGCAGAUGUGCUUGAUAACCGAUCCCAAUCUGUCACCAAAUGCUUCUUGGGUGCUUCCGCGAUGCUAGGCAACGGAAAGCUGCUCUCUCGUGCAGGGUCCGCCAUCGUUGCUAUGAUGGCUAAGGAAUCGACCAAGAAUAAAAGCCGGAACGUCCCUGUUAUUGUCUUGUGCGAGACUGUCAAAUUUACAGCGAAGGCUGCGCUCGACAGUAUCAUUAUGAAUGAAUUGGGCGAGCCAGAUGCUUUGGUGGAAAGUGCCGAAGCGGAGGUCUUGUCGUCAACCAAGCCAGCUACAGAAGCCAGUGUUGCAGGAAAAGGCGCCAACAAGAAGUCGAAUCAGCAAAAGGACAAGAAGGAUGAAGACGAUGGGGAUGAGAAGAGCGGCUCGUCGAAUACUCGGGGGUUGGAGGAUUGGAGGGAUCAACCAAAUCUGUUCCUACUGAAUCUUAUGUACGAUGUAACACCGGCGGAAUUCCUGGAUCUUGUGGUGUGUGAACUGGGCAGUCUGCCGCCUCAGGCUGUGCCGGUGGUGAACGGUGUGCAUGGGGACGACCAAACGCUGGCUUAA